AGCUAAUAAGAAGAAAAGUCUAGCUUACCUGAUUUAAAAGAAAACGGUAUACCUUUUAUCUUUCGGUUUUAUCUUUUAUCCGCCCUCUUACUUGUUACAACUUCCGUCGGUUCACAACAAUGAUGCGCCGUCUCGGAUUUGCGGCAGCCGCCACGGCGUGCGCGGCUCGGUGCAGCACCACCGACAUGGUGCAGGAGUUCAACCGCCACACGCACAAGACGACGUCGGCCGAGGAGAAGCGCCACACGAAGGAGCGCCUGACCGCCAUGGAGCGCAUUCAGCUCUUCUGCGACCCCGGCUCCUUCCGCGAGCGUGACUCCCUCGUGGAGCACGAGUGCUACAUGUUUGGCAUGGAGAAGAAGAAGGUGGCCGGCGACGGCUUCAUCACGGGUAGCGGCAAGGUCUUUGGCCGCCCGGUCUUUCUCUUUUCGCACGACUUCGCCGUGCUCGGCGGCUCCCUCUCCGGCACAAACGCCGCCAAGGUGGUGAAGAUCAUGGACGAGGCUGCCAAGAUUGGUGUUCCGCUGAUCGGUUUCAACGACUCCGGCGGUGCCCGUAUUCAGGAGGGUGUGAACUCGCUCGCCGGGUACGCCGACAUCUUCCUGCGCAACACGCUCUCCUCCGGUGUGAUUCCACAGAUCUCCGUCAUUAUGGGGCCCUGCGCCGGCGGUGCGGUCUACUCCCCCGCCAUCACCGACUUCACCUUCAUGGUGGACAACUCGUCGUACAUGUUCGUGACGGGCCCCGAGGUGGUGAGCGCCGUGGGCGGUAAGCUCGUCACGAAGGAGGAGCUCGGCGGCCCGCGCGUGCACGCCACGAAGUCCGGUGUGUCGGCCGGUACCUUCGCGAACGACAUCGUCGCCAUGUCUCAGCUGCGCCGCCUUUACUCGUACCUCCCCCUGUGCAACCGCGACGCAGCGCCGAUCGUGCCGUCGGUGGACAGCCGCAUGCGCGAUGUGUCGUCGCUGAAGACGGUGGUGCCGCUGGAGGCGAAGGAGGCGUACGACAUGCGUGAUGCCAUCUUCCCGGUGGUGGACAUGAACUCCUUCUUUGAGAUUCAGCCGCAGUUCGCCAAGAACAUCAUCUGCGGCUUUGCCCGCGUCGAGGGCCGCAGCGUUUGCAUCAUCGCGAACCAGCCGAAGGUGCAGGCUGGCGUGCUCGACAUCGACUCCUCCGUCAAGGCCGCGCGUAUGGUGCGCUUCGCCGAUGCCUUCAACAUCCCGAUUCUCACCUUCGUGGAUGUGCCUGGCUUCCUGCCCGGUGUGCAGCAGGAGUAUGGCGGUAUUAUCCGCCACGGUGCGAAGCUGCUUUACGCCUUCGCCGAGGCUACGGUGCCGAAGAUCACGGUUAUUACGCGCAAGGCCUACGGUGGCGCCUACGAUGUGAUGAGCUCGAAGCACCUGCGCGGUGACAGCAACUACGCCUGGCCGCGCGCGGAGAUUGCCGUGAUGGGUGCCCCAGGCGCCGUGAAGCUGCUGUACUCGAAGGAGUCGGCCGAGCAGCAGGCGGAGCGAGUGAAGGAAUACGAGAAGGCCUUCUGCACCCCGCUCUCGGCGGCGCGCAAGGGCUUCGUCGACGCCGUCAUCGACCCCAGCGAGACCCGCCUGCGUGUGUGCGAGGAUCUGGAGCGUCUGUCCCGCAAGCAGCUGCGCAACCCGUGGAAGAAGCACGGCAACAUCCCGCUGUAAGCUUUGGGGACAGGGUUUUUCUUUUCACAUGUGACGCCUCCGCGCCCGAGCAUUCCCGCCGUGCGCCGUGACUUGUGCCUACCGCCUGACCAGGGUGAGCGGGGUGAAUGGCGGCUAGGGAGACGGCCGUGUAGAAUGUCAUGCCUCUUCGCCCUCCCCUCUCCCUCCUCCCCUCUUUACACGAACUCCUCGAGCGGUUGGCCGAAAGUGUCCGCGCCACACUUUUUAUUUUUAAGUCUGUUUCUUGGUUUCAUACCUUUGCCGGUCAGUUAUGCUCGCUUGUGUGAGUUGGCAGAUCGUUACCGAUGUCUGCUUCACCCCUCGUUUCCAGCUUUUUCUCCCACCGGCCACACUCACCCUGUCGAAGUCCAUCGAAAAGAAAACGGUAGUUCUCACCAAGUGUUUUGCCGUGUUGGCUUUGUUGUGGAGUCCAUUUGAAAGCCCAAUUUUUGCUUCCGGGUGCACUUUCCGCGUGCGGGUUGACUGUGUCAGCGUCUUGGAAUUCAUAUACGCUUUUUUCUUUUUUUUCGCUCGCGAGUCAGGUUGGUGACGUAGAGAGUGUUCUUGUUGCUUCCCACGUCGUUGCGUUAUCGCGGCCUGUGCGUGGGAAGGGUGCACUUCACGAACACUUCUUGCCGUUGCUUUGCCUCUCCUUCGUCUUCACUCUUUGUUUGAAGACAGAAGAUGAUGUUGCUUGUGAAAUGUAACAGGACGCAAACACACGCUUCUCCCUGACACAUGCGGAUUGCGGAGGCACUUUGUGGCUGAGAUCGAAUUGCCAUCAACGCAUGUAGGUCGAGCACACGUCACUGGAUUGCCGGGCUUUUGACAGCUUUCGUGUGGUGUGACCAGAAGAAAUACAAAAACGAUUACGGUUUCUUGUGUGUGUGUGAGAGAGAGAUGCACAGCUGACAAGUUGGGUUGAAAUUAGAGCAAGCAGCAGUAGAUGUUUUUGCGCAGCGCUGAAGAAUAUACGAAAAAGGAAGAGGACGUGGAGCUUGCUAUAUGGAUGGGUUCGUUCGUUCUUUAGUGCCCUUAUUCUUCUUUUCUUUUCUUUUUGUUUUCUCCAUCAAGUUUGUCGACUUCCCGUAUCCGGGGCGUUGACACGCUUGGGUAUCGGUGCUCUUUUUUUGUUCUCAUCUUUUUCUUCAGAGAAAGUAGGAGGUAAAAAAACGGAUACAAUGAUUGUCGAUAGACUGCGCGAAAAAAAAAUGCGCACAAGCAGAGCAUUCAUUCUUUUCUGGGAAUACUGUAAGAAGAGGUUCCGCUCCACUCUGAUCGGCAAUGAGGAGGCUACGACCGUGCAUCUCACCAUUGUCGGGGGCGUCUCCUCUUUUUCUCUCCACCUUCAAAAAACAAUUUAAAAAACAGUAAUACAUUUCACGUUUCAGUUUUCAUUGCUUAAGUGUUUUUCUUGUCCUGUCUUAAAUCUCUUCCCUCCUCUCCUUUUUGUUUUCCUUCCAUGGCUUUCGCCAAAAAAAAAGGAAAAGAAAAAACCUAACAAACCUUUCCACCCUGCCCUCCUUAAUCCAGACAGAGGAGAAAUCCUCAAAACCACGACUCCAUUUCUUUACUUGUUUGACCUCAACGGAGUCGCGUUCCGUUUGUUUAAGCCACAGAUGUUAUUUUUGUGUUUCCUUUUUUAUAUAAAGGCGGAUUCUUUUUUCUUCUCUUUAUUUCCCUUCUUCUUCUUUUCUUGUUAUAUCACGUGAACGCUUUUUAUAUAAAGUGCUCUCUCUCCUCUUUUCUCGCUCUCUCUUUCUCCUUUUUUUUUCUGUCCUGCCGAACUGUCGGCUGACGUGAUGUUUAGCUGCGCGCAAUCGCAGAGGUACGUGGUAGACAUCUUGACGUGCGUGUGUGUGUGUGUGAAAGGCGGGGGCGUAAAGACAAGGAGGAGGAAGCAUCGAAAACCGCGUGCUCCAAAACCUGGGUCCCCCCUCCUGUUAGUCUCUCUCUCUCUCUCUCAAUCCUGUUUGCUGUCGUCUACAGGCGCGGAGGAGGGGUCAUCAAAAGAAAGAGAAAGGGGAACUGUUUUCUUUGAUUUCGUACCUAAGAUAAAGCGAAUGCACAUGUCUGUAAUACCAAUUUCUAUGUUCGAAAGAAAACGACAAAGAAAACGAUCAAAAAUAAAAUGUUGGAUGCAAAUUCCCUCUCCCUCCCUCCCCCUCCAUUCAAGGGGCGUUGGAAAAGGCGGACUCGAGUCCUUUUUUCCGUUUCUUUCUUUCUUUGUUUUGAGAAAAUGUUUCUCGGGUUAACGCAUUUGAAAUCUCCAUUCAAUUAUUUUGCUUUUGGUUCUUUACGUUUUCUCGACUUGCAAA